AUGACGGACGUUGCAACUUCCUUUCUACCACCACUGGAUAUCCAUCCAAAUAACACCAUCUUUACAGCUCGUAAUUUACCACGUCCAUUAACAUGGCAACGACAUGAACAUCUGAUUCAUCGUCGUCUGAUUCUCACUCGGAUUGGUCAAUUAUUAAUAAAAUACAAGGAACCUUGUCAAAAUAGUACUGAUUUAAGAAAAGUAUGGCUCCUCGCACGGAAAUUAGAAGUCUUGGUAUUUCUCCACUCGGCAUCACUACUUGAAUAUAUCAAUACGGACAGUCUUGUCCGUCGAAUGCAGGCACUUACAGCAGGAAUUGUAAACAAGAACAUACGACGAACGACAUUCGUGACAUCAACCAAUGCGAUAGAAAGUGCAGCUGUGAGGACAUCUGAUGCUGUGGCUGGAAGCAUGGAUACGUGUGUACGCUGUUUACCGAUGGUGUCAUCGGCAGUACAUCCAGUAUUAACUUCACAGGUCACAGGACGAGACCUAAGCCCGUCAUUUACAGGAUCCGAGGAGACGCCACCAAUUGAAUCAGGUGGUGAUAUUCAUCCACUUCCAUGUAUUUCCCACCUGAUCCACACAAAUCUGAACGGAACAGAAGAUCUACAAUAUGAGGAUGAAAAGAAUUCUACGAACAAGAGAAAGUUUACUGCAAUAAUGCCAAAAGAAGAGCUGGAGACUUUACGAAAGAAGAAACACAAGUCAAGUGAAUUAGGGAUGCUGCUGUUUUUUCAAGGAUAUGCGGAAUUGAGUACAAUUAUUUGGAGCUAUGUGGAUGGUAAGCAGAUCAUGCGCUCACGUGGUGUGUGUCGUAUUGCCGGUGCGUUGGCACCGCUUUUUGUUACGUCUCUGCAAUUGAGCUGUAACGCCGUGCAAAGAGCGCUUGCUACUCGCGUUGGCGAGAAGGAGUGCAUAUUACGCAAGUGCAUUUACUUGCGUCAGUUAGAGAUUGUGUCGUUGUCGGCAGGAAUGACAUUUGGAAAGUUGUCAAUGCGUGCGACCAACUGUCCGCAGCGGUUCGUCGUGACUCACGAUGACCAUGAACAGAUUGUACUCUCGGUGGCAGAGCAGAUGCGUUUAAACACAUUUCCGGGCCUUACGCGUUUAAGUAUCACGUGCUUGUUCACGAAUGAAGAAGCGGACGGAGAAGCCGACGUUUUGUUGAACACAUUGAUGUUAGGUUGCUGUCCGCGUGUAAAAGAGCUGUGUCUUCCAGGAAACAGCUUUGGCGAUUACGGAGCUACUAAAGUCGCACAGAUGUUGCGAUCACAGGUUUGCCCGGAGCUUACAAGAUUGGAUCUACGCCGCAAUUUUAUUGGUGAAGAUGGCGUUCGAAGUCUGUGCCACGCUCUGGCUGAUGGUUGCGCACCCAACCUUACGGAGCUCUGUCUAGGCGGAAACACAAUCACUGACUCGAGCUUUCACCACGUCCUGUUUGCGAUGGAGAGCGAUCAGUUGCGACACUUGCGCUUUUUGGGUAUCGAGAUGAAUUAUUUGACGUCGAAGAGUAUGGAGAUGCUUGGACGCACGGUCGGCAAGCUGGUUUGCCCAGUUCUCUCUCAAAUCUCGUAUAGCGACAACAGUGUGAGCAAUGAGUCUGCCAAGCGGCUGAUAGCGACGGCUGUGUACCAAGAACGUGUGUCGCAUACAAAGAUCCGUGAUGACGAUAGUAGACUAGGCGAGAGUUCUUGCGCCGAGCAGUUGUCGGAUUAA